AUGUACGCCAAGGCUAUUCUUGCUGCUGCCUUCAUCGCUUCUGUUGAGGCUCGUUUUGGUCAGGAGGGCGCUGUCCAGGCCAUCGUCCAGGCCCUGGGCAACUUUGGCCAACCUGGUCAGGCUGCCACUCUCGCUGGCCAGACUCCUGGUGUGCUGCUUGCUGGCGCUAAUGCCUGCGCUAAGCUGCAACUGGCUGAUCAGAUCGUCGCGACCCUUGGUAAUGACCCGCAGGUCAUUGAGGCCGCCAAGGCUCUGGUCGCGGCUGAGAAGAACUUCAACCCCUUCGUGCAGUCCAUCCCAACAAUCUGCUCUGACGUCAACCUGCCUGCCACUCCCGAGCUGCGUGGCAUUGUCCCGCUCGUCGAUCCCGCCGUCGUGGGCUCCGACAUCGAGAAUGCCAAUUCGGCCCGUUCUCUCCAGAACCCUUUCAACGCCAACGGCUUGAGCGUUGCCGAUAUCAUGGAGGCUAACGGCUUCUCCAACUUCACUCGCCAGGCUUCGAAUGGCCAGACCGCUGGUAACAAUGGUGGCAACAACAACAACAACAACAACAACAACAACAACAACAACAACAACAACGGCGGCGGCGGCGGUGCUGCGACCACCACCUCGGCCGUGGCUACCACUACCCGCGCCGCCUGCGCGGUCCGCACCACCCUGACGACCGUCAUCGUCACUGCUUCUCCGACCGCCAACCCCGCUACUGGCAACAACAACAACAACAACAACAACAAUACCGGCGUCCAGAAGUCCACCAUCCCCGGCCUCGACUUCGGCUCCUGCGUCCCGACCAUGAAGUUCGUCGGCGGUCUCGGUGGCCGGCCCGCGACUGAGUUCACCUUCCAGUCCAAAGACCCUAAGAUCGCGGCCCGCCAGCAGGAGGCCCUCAACCCCAAUAUCAUCACCAACCGCAUCUGCGACGAGCUGACCAAUAUCUGCGGGGCCAACCAGGCUGCGAAGGAUGCUUGCCAGGCGGCCAAGGCGGAGAUUCAGGCUCUCGGUACGAGGAAUGCCCAGACUGCCGAGAGGUGGAAUGAGCUUUUGGGUUUCGCUGGAACUGAUGUCUCUUCUUAA